ACCGAGUCAGAACGACCUCACUCAGAUGCUUAGAGCAUAACUACGUUUUUACUUUUAUCUUUUCUCCAUUCGAAGCAUUAUUCCCAGCUUUCGUACUUUUUCUGUCUACAAGUUCGUUAUACGUUUACAAUUUUCAUCCACAACUUUUCGUGGCAAUUAACACGCAAAAUCACGCUGCUUUAAGUUUGUUUCAUACAAGGGAACGUAGGCUAUUGUAGUCCACCUAAUUAGGUUCAUGGAUCUUUUUGAUGAUAUUCUACCUGUAGCUCCUCCUGCACGAGCUCGGCCGGGUGGUAAGUUUAUCCCUAAGGCCAAACCGAAACAGCUGCCUCGAAAGGAAAUAUCUGCAUCAGAACAUGCAACCUCAUCUAAAGAUGGAAAGAAUGUGCCUGUUACUUCAUCAUCUACCUGCUCAGAAGGAAUUUCUUUGAAUGAAUGUCAUAAUGCAGUUGCUUCAACUUUAAGUAUGUCAGCGGAAGAACAUACGAGGUCUAAUCAUCGUCCACAGGUAGAACAUCCAAAUUUGGAGGAUGCCACAAAUUCUGAAAUGGGAAAUCCUCAACAAGUUAGUGAAAAUGGAGAUGCUGCAGCUUUAGUUGAUGCUCUGCCUUCCACGAUGACGGCCUCUGAAGUCGAUGCUGAUCGGAAUCUUACACACUUUCCAAAAUCAGCAUGUGAGGCAGAUCCUGUAGGUUUUGAUGUGGGCCGAGUCGCUAACUCCAUUCCUGAGUCCAGCCUCAACAACGGCACAACACAAUCAGUUCACCCUGCUAAUCCUGUAGAAAAUGAAUUGAGUAGCGUGGCUGCUCCAUCUACAUCUUGUUCAACCAUAGGUAGGAUGGAAGAUGCACCAAAAACUGGGGAAGAUUCAUUUCUUGAUAACAACAAACAUUUGGAACUUAUUGAUAAUUCAUUGCAAGUUUGCCCAGAUGUGGGCUUCCAAAUUGCUUCAGAUAAUAAGGAUGCAAUAUUUGAUAGCAAUAUUCAUUCCAAUUUUAGUUUUGCAAGAGAACAAGAGGUAGUGUCUAUGGAGUUUGGAUUGGAUCCUUUCAGUAACACCCUCCCGGAUCCUGGCACUAGGAAUGCUCGUAAGUUUCAACCCAAGAUUAAGCCACGACCCAGAGUAGGCAAUACAACAAUUAUUGCUUCUGCUUCAUCUAGUGUUAUGAUGGAAAAAUCUGUUGAGUUGCCUUCAUGCACAAAUGAAGUUCAACCUUUUCAAUCUAGUGGUGAUGGCAAUGGUGGGCUAAACCAAUCCACCAGUUUACCUUUACCCACAUCAGAGAUUCUUAGUUCAGCCAAUUUAUCCAAUAAGUCUGAUUAUAUGAGCUCAAAUAUUCCAGUCUCUGAAGACAACAGAAGCUUGACAACAGUAAUUCCUUCCCAACUGGAUUCCCUGAAUGCUAUGCUUUCAGAGGUUGCAGUUCAUAAUGGAAGUAGAGAUUCGCCUUCUAGUUUUGGUAAAUCAGCUGGAGAGACUGCAGACAUUUUCUCUGGGUUGGAAACCCUUGAUUACUUUCUCACCCAAAAUGCCACUGAUACAGGAAAACCAGCUCUUCAUUCUUUCAAUGAGAAGGGUUCAGAGGAAAAUUUUGUUGUUCCAGCUUGUAGUUCUAUUAAUUCUUUUGGGGCAUGUGAUACUGCCCAAGUUCAAACGUGUCCAGAGUAUCACACCACCCAAGAUUCAUUAACCUUCAAUGAAACUGAAGUCCUCAAUGUGAAUGAUACUCACUCUAACAAUAGAAAGCCAGAAACAGAGAAUGUUGUGGACCUGAAUCCUGCCAGCCCUGUUGACAAUGUCUUUGAUUAUCAAUCCAUGAAAUCUGGCACAGACCCAACUUCUGAAAUUCCAGUGCAUGAAGAACUGACAAAUGCUGCCGAUAGUCCCACAUUGGCUGAUAUUCUGCAUGCAGAUGUUACUGGGGAAAAAGAAGAUGCUAAUGAGAGAAAAAAAGAUGGCACAAUUUCAAGUUCUCCAAGGAAGCGUAGAAGAUCUUCUAUUGCUAAUGAAGAGGAUAAAAAUGGUAAAACCUCAAGGCAGCUGAGGAAACAAGCAUGUCGCAAACCUGCCAACAACUCGUUGAAUGAGGAUGAGGAUGACCUUGACCCCCUUUCUGAUUCUAAUAGAGAUGAACUUGAAGAAAAUGAUGAUGAAUUUGAAGUGGAUUAUUCAUCCAAUAAGAAAAGGGCAUCAGCAAGUUCAAAGAAGAAAUCUGUUGCUAAAACUGCAAAAACGUCUCAAAAGCGUAAAAAGGCUAAUGAUGAUUCAGAAAAAACUACUAAAGAACCUCCUAAAAAGUUUUCUCAUUCAACCAGACGGAGAAAAAGAUGUGUGGACAAGGCUCUGCUGGAAAUUCCUGAAGAUGAACUGGAUCCUCGAACAUUGCCUAUUAAGGAUAUUAUUUUACUUGCAGAACAUAGGGAACGGCGGGCGAAAAAGGAGGCAACAACUUCAAAAGCAUUUUCCACCAAUCAAAGCGGUGGAGAUUCCCUUCAUGAGGCUGGUGCUAAUAAUGAAGAGGAGACCUUAGGUUCAGAAGAUGGUAGAGACACCGGCGAUGAUCAAGCCAGUGAGAGUAUUCCAUUUGCUUCGUCUUUAUUCAAUUACCAGUCUUUCAUGGACAAGGCACCUAGGGGAAAAUGGUCAAAACAAGAUACUGAACUGUUUUAUGAGGCUAUUAGGCAGUUUGGCACAGAUUUUUCUAUGAUACAACAGCUUUUUCCUGGUCGAACACGUCAUCAGGUUAAGUUGAAGUACAAGAAGGAAGAGCGCCAGCAUCCUUUACUGUUAUCUGAUGCUGUAAAUAAUCGUGCUAAAGAUCACUAUCAUUUUAAAUUGGUGAUUGAGCGACUGCAACAAGCUUCCACAAAGGCAGAAAAAGACCCCGGCAGAGAUGCUUCAGAUUUCAUGACUGGGGAGGAGGUUGAGGACUUGACACCUGGAACUAAUGAGGAGGUUGCAACAACUCAGCAAGACGAGAUUGCGACAACUCAGAAAGACAAGAUUGCGACAACUCAGCAGGACGCCCAUGUCAAAGAUCAGGAAGAUUGUAUGGCUUUCAAAGAUGAUAGUGAUGAUAGUGAUGAUGAAUUUCAAAGAUGGUCUCAGUAUAAAAGUGAUUAUUAAUGAUAAUGCAUGAAUAUAAACUAUUCUGAUCUCAUUUCGUUUAUUAUAGUUAAUGUGAUUCUUUAUAUUCCUGAUUAAUUUGCGACAUCACUUCACAAACAUUGGGUUUCAUAGUCCAGGGCAUUUAUUUUUUCAAUCUUGUGUAUAGUGUAAAGUAUUUUUGUCAAGAGUAUUGUAAAUUUGUAA